CAGUUUUCAGCUCCCAUGAGGGCGGCUCUUUAAAUUGCCCCAAAACUCCUUCUGGUUGGCGCCUUUUUCCCCCUUUAUUAACGGAAUAGACCAGACGCACGUGCCGUUAAUAAGACGCUGUUGGACUAAAGCGCUCAACCUGCCGGUAAGUCGAGACCUUUCCGUGCUUCCUAGCUCGUCUCCUCUUUCCUAGAUGGUCUGAGAAGCAAACAUGAGCGACAAGGGGACAGUUUCACCGAAAGAGAAGGACGCAGCAGAGAAGAGGGGGCGUGGUAGACCCCGCAAGACACCCCAGCAGGAGCCGAGCGGGUCCCCCACCCCAAAGAGACCCAGAGGAAGACCGAAGGGGAGCAAGAACAAGACAGCCAGCAAGGGCAAGAAGGCCUCGGCAGCCCCAUCUGCAGGAGGGAAACGCAGAGGAAGACCUAAGAAGGAGCAGGAGAAGGAAGAAAAAACAUCCCAAGAGUCAUCUGCGGAGGAGGAAGACGAGGACCAGUAAUUGACAACGCAUGCUACCUCACUCAACAUACUGACUUACUGUUAACUAGAACUGGGCUGUAUCUCCAACACCAGUGCCACCACGUGACCACUGUUCAUGACAAAGGUCCACCCCUUUGGCCAAAAAGAGGGGUGGGCAACAGUACAUAUAACAUGCAACAGCACUGGAUUAGACCGAUGGACCUUUGUUCAAGUUUAGAUCUAAGAAAUACACGACAGGUAACAAGUCUUUUAUACUGGACAAAGGUGUUGCUUCAGCACGCCUGGAUGUUUGUUUCUCUCCUUCAGAUGGUUUGUAGGACGAUCCUCCUCUGCUUAAUGUUACUUAUUCAUCGAUGGUAGGGCAUAUAGAUUAUUCCUCCAUGUUUUGUACUGGACAAAGGUGAAUUUUACCUAAACCUUUUUUGUGUGUGUGUGUGCGUGUGCGUGUUCUCCUGUAAUGUGGUUAAACUUUGCAUCAAGUCUUGAUGGAGUCGAGCUUCAGCGGUUAGAAUGAGACUAGGUAACUGUUGGUGAAACUUUUUAAAUUUUUUUUAAUUUUCCCUCCUUCUCAUUUUUAACCCACGUUCAAUCUUUUACCAGGUCUCAGCAGUAGAGCAGAGAAAUAACUCCGACCUUCCUCUUACGACCGUUUAGAUUUCGUAUACUUCUCAAAACGUCCUUCACAGUCCUCGGUGUGUAGUGGGGGGGGGAGUAGGCGUGUCAGUAGUAUCAGAAUAGUCUGAACAGACUUAGUGUUUUUCGUAGGGUUGCAUAUCAUUUAAAAAAAAAAAGAAAAGAAAAACAAACGAAAAAAAAACAACAAAUGUUCUCCCAGUUGUGUGCUGCUUUUCAUUUUAUAAUAAAACUAAACUCUGUUUUUGGUGUGUGUUUGCCAACCCUAUUUUAAAGAGUUGUAGGCUGAGAGCAUCAGUGAUUCUUCAGGGAGCUUUUACAAAUGCUGUUACAUUAAGUGUCUUUGUCUCCACACGGUCCCCAGAUUCCAAGCGCUCACUCAAUCAACUGCAGGCAGACUGCUGUUCACAGGACGCAGGAUCGCUGCCGGCACUGCUUUACCUACAGGGCUGUAUGUUUUCAUUCUCGCUAGCCUUCUCCACUCCACCUAGCUUGGUCAUCUUCUCCUCAUGAAUUAGUGCCGUGAUUACACUUCUUAGUCUUUUUGGUCUGGUGUUGUAUGAUGUCUGCUGCAGGAAAGAACAUGUUUGUAUUUCUUAGUGUCAGGGAACCACAGUCCACUUAACUGGGUUUUUCUCUCCACACAUCAAGCUGCUACAACCUCAGUUACAAAACCCGGAAAACUGCAAAACAGGCGAUACAAGGCCUGGAAUUUCAUACCUCACUCAACAGCUUACUUAACCAUUUAUUUGCUUAUAACUGGUUUUGUUAACUGUAAUCUCUGGCAUGGGAUGGAUUUUUUUUUUUUGUUGGUUUUUUCUUUACAAAGUUUCUGACUUCCAGACUGUAAUAAGGUGUUUUGGAUGUGAAGUUGGUGAUGGUGUGCGUAUGCAAACACAUUUUCGCUUGUGCAGACAGUUUUUUUUUUGUUUGUUUGUUUGAGUGUGUAUGUGUGACGUCAGGGAGACCUGUCAGCUUGACAUCUGUGUUCACUGAUUGUGGUAGACUAGCAGGUUGUGUUUUUAUCCUCUUAAAACUUCUGGUGCACUGAAAUGAAAUGUUGGUUCUGUUUUCAUGGACAAAUGUUUGAUCGACGGGGCGCUCCUCUUCAGUUCACCCUACCGUUGGGUAUGUUGCGUCGUGGCACUUCAGUCGUCUUCUUCAUACUCUACUUUUCUCUGCACCCUCUGAAUAGUCCUCGAUACCAGUGUCAUGCUACAGAUCCACAUUCAUCUGCGCAUUUAUAUACAGUCACCUCGACAGGAUGGGAUCAUUCUUUUUAAUGUACACCGUAUAUAAAUGUACAAUGUCUAUAUUUCUAUGGUGCCCUA